AUGAUAAUGGCCACCAAUAGUCUCCUCUUCAAUAUUAAUGAAUUAAAUCCUGAACAACAAAAAAAAUUUGAUGCUGUUUAUAAUGAACUAAAAGAUCCUCAUAGAUCUUAUGUAGAAUAUAAACUUAGUUUAUCUUUGAGAACAAAAUUAACAUAUGAAGAGGAAGACAACGCAUGGCGCUAUGAAUUAUUUCGAUUUCUUCGUGGGAGAAAAUGGAAUGUGAAAAAUACAACUAAAUCAAUUUUGGAUAUGAUUCAAUGGAGAAUAGAUAAUCAUGUUGAUUCAAUUCUUGAAGAUCAAAAUGCUAAACUUCGAAUGGAUCGCUUAGAAAAAGUAGUUCCGUGUGCUAAUCAUGGAUAUACCAAAGUUAAUCGACCAUUAUAUAUCGAGAAAUCAGGACAGAUAAAUGUUGAUGAAAUCCUUCAAAAAUUUACAACAGAAGAAUUGAUCCAAUGCCAUAUAUAUUGGCUUGAAUAUUAUUGUCAAUUGACUCGAGAACGUAGUCAAAAUGUAGGACAACAUAUAGAAAGUUUUGCGAUUAUUUAUGAUUUAAAUCAUAUGAAAAUGGAUAUAAGAAAAGUGUUUGAACCUCUUAAACAAUGUCUUUAUAUUGAGGAUAACUAUUAUCCUGAACGUCUUGGUCAAAUGUUUGUUGUAAAUCCACCUAGGAUAUUUCCUGCUGUUUGGAAUUUAAUCAAGCAUUUUAUUGAUCCAGUAACUAAAUCAAAAAUUCUUGUCAUUAAAAAAGGACCUGAAACAUCAAAAAUCUUAUUAGAAAACAUUAAUUCUGAUCAAUUACCAUCUGAAUAUGGUGGAACUUGUCAUUCAUGUUCAACUUCUCCAGAUUGUAUUCCUGUCCAUCAUCAAAAGAAAGAUAAUGACACCGAUAAAGAUGAAGAAGAAUAA